AAUAAAGUGGAUAAGAAAUAAAGUGAAUAAUAUUGGUGAAUAAUAUAUAUGGCUAGACGUUCUUCUGAUAUGAUGGCCUCUUUGGCCUUAGGCAUAAGUAGUUUGAUUAUUAUGAAUGCCAUCGCGGUUGCGGGUGAACAACGCCGGCUCCUGGGUGAGACGGUGUACGACAUCACCAAAUACGGCGCCAAGGGGGAUGGGAAAACGGACGACGCAAUGUCAUUUAUUCAGGCAUUUAGGGCAGGAUGCGAAGGCAAGACACCGGCGAAGAUUGUGGUCCCACCAGGGAAAUUCAUGAUGGGGGAGGUUAUCCUAAGGGGCAAGUGCAAGGCGCCACCGCCACUGAUAAUCGACAUUCAAGGCACCAUCUUGGCCAAUCCCGACCCGAGCACCUACACCAAUAGGAUGUGGAUAUUGCUCGAGUAUCUUGAAAACGUCAAGGUCGGCGGCGGAGGCACCCUCAAUGGCCAAGGGGCCAACGUAUGGAAAUAUGCCGGAGAAAACAACAAAAUGCCUGUCAGCUUCACCUUCCAAUCCUCAAUAAAUGGAGACAUUAGCAACCUCAAAUUGGUGGACGCAAUGGGCUUCCAUAGCAAGUUGAUCGACAGCUCCAACAUCAAGGUCUCAAAAAUGAGUAUCACCGCCCCCGAAGACAGCCCCAACACGGACGGAAUCCAUCUCAGCAACGCCACCAACGUCGAGAUCACCGACUCCGUCAUUGCAACCGGAGACGACUGCAUCUCCAUCGGUACCGGCAGCAAAAACAUCCUAGUCAAAAAUCUCAAAUGCGGGCCUGGACACGGACUCGCAGUGGGGAGUUUGGGGAAACGCCCCGACGAAUUGAGCGUCGGGAACAUCACCUUCUCGAGCUGCACUCUGACGGGCACAACCAACGGGGCCAGGAUCAAGAGCUACCACAAGUCGCCGGUGCUGACCGCCGACAAGAUCGUCUUCGAAGAUUUGACUAUGAAUAACGUCAAGAACCCCAUCAUCAUCGAUCAACAUUACUUCUCCAAGACUCAACCCGAGCAAUCAAGCGUAAAGAUUACCGACGUCCACUUCCGAAGAAUCAAGGGCACCACGGUCUCCGAGAUUCCGGUGUUGCUCAACUGCAGCAAAAAGGUGCCAUGCUCAAACAUCGAAUUGGCCGACAUAGACUUGAAACCCACGGGGGAAGCCAAGACCGUCUCGUCUGCGUGUGAGGCCGCCGUCGGAAUCAAAGGUUCCGGCGUCCUCAACCCUCCUCUUCCCAAAUGCUAGCCUUACUUUUUCUCAUUAUACUUUUAUUUGUUUAUUUGCAUAUUCGCGAAUUGUAUCGUCCAGAAAUUGCGUCUACGUACUGUGCAAUUCCUAUGAAUAAAACAGCAACGGCACUUCAUUUUGUUAAACAUGUGCCCACAUAUUUCUAAUACAGUAGUACUGUUUUUUUU